ACAAUUGCCAGGGGGUUCAUCCAUCCCUCCUGCGGCGUAUCAAAUAGCUUCGACCCUCACGGAGCCUUCGCCAUCCAUAGCCAAAUCUUUCUCUUUAGCAACCACUUAAUACAACCCAUAUCCUAGCAACGACAGCAGGCCUAGUAUCGUAUCAGGGUACCUCGGAAUAGUCCAAAUACCUCAAAAGCACUAGCGACCAUCAUUCCUUUGCGCGUCCUUUCUUGGUUGAGACUUGAGAAAGCCACAAUGCAGAAACUCGCGAUUGUCGCGCUUCUCUGUGCGAUUGCGCUCUUCACCCAAGGCGCACACGCCAGAAGGGCCUUGCUCCAAACCUCAACGGGCAACACCUUCCCGGACUACGAGUGCCAGGCUAACCCAGGCCUGAGCCCAUACAAGCUGGAGGGCGCCUACACCACCUCUCCCUCCGCCAACGGUGUCCGCGUCUGCUUCACCGGCGCCCCCGUGCAGCCCUGCCCCCCCAGCAACCCCUGCUGCAGCCAGGCCGACUUUUACAAGCUCGAGCUCCGGGUCCGUCCCACCUGCCGGCGCGCCAUCCGCUCCGUGACAGUGAAUGGCCUGCCCGCCCCCGUGCCCACCUUCACGCUGUACGGCCCCUCGCGCGAUAAGGCGCUGUUCAAGCUGCCGCGCCUCAACCUGACCACCGCCAAUGUCACCGGCGCUAAGAUCUGCAUCACGCUGCGCGACCCCUGCCCCAACCUGGCGGCCCUGUGCCCCGAGGGCGACGGCAGCUGCACCUACUCCAUUGGGCAGUCCACGGGCCGCCACCGGUGCUGCCCCGUGAACACCCUGGGGGUGGUGCCGCCGCCGCCCAGCCAGCCUAGCGCCUCCGUCGCCACCCCCGCCACCCACCGCCUGCUGUCCAGCGCCGCCCAUGUCGUCUCAGCGCAGUCGGAGCACCACCGCCUUCCGGGCAACACAGGGGUCUUCCCAUCCAACGGGUGUGACCGCACUCCCGGCUCCAUGCCCUUCACCCUCACCGGCGCCCCCACCCUGAGCCGCUCCCCCUCGGGGCAGAACCUCUAUUGCUUCACGCUCGCCUCCUCCGCCUGCGCCGACCCCAGCAGCAUGUGCUGCGCCUCCAACCUGCUCAAGGUGGAGUGGAGCAGCUACGACACGUGCCGGGGCAGUGUACGAGCGUACAUUGACAAGAUCCAGUACCCGGUCACCUGGGACCAGGGCGGCACCUUCCGCCUCACCAAGCUCAACUACUCGCCGCUGGACAUUGCCUCGAAGCCCAAGCAGCUCUGUAUCGAGUUGCGCCGCGACGGGCCCUGCGACACGAUUGACAAGUUCUGCCGGGGCGGCUCCUGCACGUACUCGCUCUUCAACACGGGCAAGGAGUGCUGCCCCACCGCCACCACACCCACAGCGCGGUGACGGCACCGGCGGACCUAGGACCCCUGGGGGACCCUGGGGGAAUCCGGGAACUAGGGAUGUAGCCUGUGCGAGGUGCGCUGUGUCGCAGGGGUCGGCGCUGCAGGAUUGAGUGCAGUGCUGCCGGCGUGAGCCGGAUGUGCGGAUGUACUGUCUUAUCAAUGAUGCGCUAGGUAUUUUGUUGCGGUGGUGGUAGCUCCUAGGGGCUUAGCAGGGGACUGCGCGUCUUUGCAGUCUCGUGGAUUAUUCCCGUUAGUGGCCCGGCACCGGGUCAACCGUCCCAGGGGUGGUAUGCAAUGGCGGGGCUCUUGGCCCUGGAAUUAGAAUGUGCCUAGUUAGGAAGACGUUGGCGUGGGCUAGGUAGGCAAGGAGAGUAUGUCGAGAGCUCUCUUUGUGUCGCCCCAAGGUGAUUCGGGGAAUGGAGGUGAUCCCACGCGUGUGCUGAGGUGGUAGCGUCUUCUGGCGUAUUGAGUUACCCAUCCUGAACUUCGUCGUGCGGCAGGCAGUGAUGCGGCAGCGAUGUUUGCACAGUGAGCUUGUCGGAUGCAUCGCGCUGCAUGUUGAGGCGGGUAGGAUGGGUUGUGAUGGUGGACACUAGCUGGACUAGGUGAGAGUUGCUGGCAGGGAGUGGAUUGUCAGCAGCUGGGACGUUAGGUGCUAGGAGCAUACACCCCUUAUUUAUUGGGACGGUGAUUAGGUUAGGUAGGCAGUAGGCGUGCAUGUGAGCGAGAUAUUCAUGAGUGGGUGUCGCAUGGUGUAUCGCUUGGUCGUGCUGCACCUGAGGCCUGUAUGUGACACAGGCCGGGUGGUCGCACUGGAGCACGCCACGGCACGUGAGGGGAGAUCGAGUGUGAGAGAGAUGCAUCCUUGAAACGGCACAGACAGUGCGAACGGGCCUCGGCCCGCAUCGCGGGUUAUUUGUAGCCGCGAGCAAAAGACACGCAGGUGCUUUGUAACGGAC